AUGUCGUUGGAGCAGGCACACUACAAGAUGAGCGCUCUGCCCGCCUGGUUCUCCGACAUGAAGAACCGGGGAACCCUGCGCAUCGGCGACUUCGCCGACAUCAUGAUCUACAACAUGGACGAGCUGGGCCUGCUCUACGACAAGCCCCAGUUCGCCACCGACUUCCCCGGCGGCGAGAAGCGGCUGGUCCAGAAGCCCACCGGUAUGCGCUACAUCUUGGUUAACGGCUCCGUUACGUUCCAGGACAACGAGUGCACCGGCGCCCUGCCCGGCAAGCUGCUCCGCAGCUACGACCAAAUCGGCUAG